AUGUUAAUUUUCAAUAACACCACAUCCUCUUCUUCAAACUUCCUCCUCACUGCUUUCCCUGGUUUGGAAUGUGCUCAUAUCUGGAUCUCUAUUCCCAUCUGCUGUCUCUACACCAUUGCCCUCGUGGGCAAUAGCAUGAUCCUGUUUGUCAUCAUUACUGAGAAGAGUCUCCACAAACCUAUGUACUAUUUCCUCUCCAUGCUAUCAGCUGUUGAUCUAUGUCUGACCAUCACAACUCUCCCCACAGUACUUGGAGUUCUCUGGUUUCAUUCCCGGGAGAUAAGUUUUAAAGCCUGCAUCAUUCAAAUGUUCUUUGUACAUACGUUCUCCUUCCUGGAGUCCUCAGUGUUGGUAGCCAUGGCCUUUGACCGCUUCAUGGCCAUCUGUAACCCACUGAAGUAUGCCACUGUUUUAACAAACAUGAUGACCGUGGUGAUUGGACUGGUCAUCUGCAUCCGGCAAGUAAUUGUCAUGUUUUUCAUGUUUCUAGCCUUGAAGAAUGUGUCUUUCCACGGAGGCCAAGAGCUCUCCCACCCAUUUUGCUACCACCCAGAUAUCCUGAAAUUCACAUACUCUAAGCCUUGGGUAGCCAAUUUUGGGGGCUUGUUUCUUCAGCUCUAUCUAUCCGGCACUGACUUAUUUUUCAUCCUUUUCUCCUAUGUUCUGAUCCUCCGUACUAUUCUGAGCAUCGUGGCUCCUAAGAAGCAACAAAAAGCCCUCAGCACUUGUGUCUGUCACAUCUGUGCUGUCACCACUUUUUAUGUGCCAAUGAUCAGCCUAUCCUUGACACACCGCAUCUUCAUCUCCACCCCAAGAGUGGUCUGUGGCAUUUUGGCUAAUGUUUAUCUACUCUUACCACCUGUACUGAAUCCUAUAAUUUACAGCUUGAAGACCAAGACAAUCCGCCGAGCUAUGCUUGAACUCUUACAAUUCAAGGGUUCAUGUGGCCACAAUGAGAGGGGUCUCAGGGGAAGGGUGGGUUGA